AUGCGGCUCCAGAAUGUCUCGCAGAAGACGUUGAAGACCGUUGCCGCGCGACCCGCGCUUGCAUGCCACGCGCCGUCCCCAUUGCAUCCGCAUCGGCCACAACUCGCAUCACCACAACGCCUACUUCUCCGCGCCACAGCACAGUAUGCCGUUCGCUACCAAUCCUCGUACCCGGAGCGCAUAGCUAUCCUCGGUGGGGGUAUAGCGGGCUUGUCGAGCGCCUACUAUGUUGCUCGGGAAUUCCCCAACAGUAACGUGGUUGUGUUUGAGGCGGGGAGAGACAAAGGUGGAUGGAUCAAGAGUCGCAGAGUCGACGUUGUAGAUUCUGAGGGGAAGAAGGGCAACGUACUGUUUGAGCUGGGACCCAGGACGUUGCGAAAUGCUACUGUCACUGCGGGGUUGAUUCAAGACCUCGGACUCGUUGACGAUAUUACGUUCACGAAGCGCACCGAACCUGGCGCAAAGAACCGCUUCAUCUACUAUCCCGAUCAACUCAACCGCCUGCCCUCCGAGCGUCCCUCCCUCGCAGACUUCUUCUCGCUAUGGCGGACUGGCAUAAUGAGUGGUGCCUUUGGUAUGAUCACAGAACCAAUGAAGCCAAAGCGGCCAGACUCCAUGUCCGAUGAGACGGUUGGCUCGUUCCUCGCACGGAGGGUGGACAAAAGGGUAGCAGACAACAUUGUCUCGGCGGUAUUCCACGGCAUCUAUGCGGGCGACAUCAACCAAUUGAGUGCCAAGACACUGUUGAGCAUGGCAUGGCAGUUGGAAGGACGAUACGGCAAUGCCCUUGGAGGCUUCUUCCGUAUGCAAAACGAAGACCCACGACCGGAGCAGGUCACCCUCGUUCACCCAUACGACCGGGAAAUAGCAAAGGCCAUGAAUGAAGAGAUCGACCUGGACCUGGAUUUUGCAAAGAACCUAAAAGACUCUGCUAUGUUCUCAUUCAGGAACGGGUUGCAACAGAUGGUCAGGGCAUUGCUGGAUACUGUGGAAAGCAAGGGCAAUGUCGAGAUCCGGACAGAGGCGCCCAUUCAGAGCUUCAAGCCCCUGAACGAGAAUGGGAAGCUGGGCGUCGAAAUUGUCUCUGGGAACGAAGGCUCGACAUCAACAGAAUCGUUCGAUCUUGCCAUAUCCACCCUCAAGAACGAUGAGAUAACCCCCUACGUCACAGUUAUGACGGUAAAUCUCUACUACCCCAACGCGAAUCUUCUCCCUGUUGAAGGUUUCGGCUACCUCAUCCCACAAUCCAUUCCAUUCGAGCAAAACCCUGAGCGCGCCCUAGGCGUAAUCUUUGAUUCAUCUGCUGUCAAGGGUCAGGACACAGCCAACGGCACAAAACUUACAGUCAUGAUGGGCGGCCACUGGUGGGACGGCUGGACAGAAUUCCCCAGUGAGGAAGAGGGUCUGGAAAUGGCAAAGAGUGUCCUGAAGAGGCACAUUGGCAUCACGGAAGAGCCCACUGCACACAUUGCCAACCUCUCCCGCGACUGCAUUCCUCAAUACACACUUGGCUACGCUGACCGCAUUAAAGAAUUUGCGGAAGGCAUGUCCAGCGAGUUCAAGGGGCGGUUACGUGUUGUAGGCGCCCAAUUCAAUGGUGUCGGUGUAAACGAUAUUAUCACCGCGGCGUGGCAGGUAUCGAGAGGAUUGAGGGGAGAGGGCUGGAAAGGAAGAAGUUGCGGAUUGGAUAGGGUUAUGGAUGAGAGGGAGUGGACGGUUGUGCCUGCUAGCGAGAUGGCGUAUGUGAAGAAGGAGUUUGUGAAUGUUGGUGGCUCGGGCAUGGAUCGCAGGGGUGAUGGUGGGGUGUAA